GAGAGAGAGAGAAUGGGGAUGAAACACAAGGCAUUAUGCAUGCUGGAUAAGCACUCUACCACUGAGCAACAUUCCCAGUUAAUGUGUUUUGUUUGUUUACUUGUUUUCUGAACAAUUUGGAGGUAAGUUACCCUAGAUCCUUUUAUACCUAAACACUUGAACAUAUAUUUUGUAAGCUUAGGGAUCAGCUAUUGUUUCUAAUUGUUGGUGCUCUUUUAGGCAAGUGGCUUCCUCCAUCCUGCUUUGCUUAUUAAGACAGUGUGCUGACGAGACUGUGGACUCUGGGGCCACUUUGUCUCUCUGCCGUCCUUUCCCAUAUAACCACCUGGCACCUUAGGAGGAUGUGGAAUAAGAAUGAAAGGUGAUUGUGAUCCUUAGAAGAGGAGAUGCAGGUGUCCCAUUCUGGAUCAUCAAAGCCCAUCAACUUAGACAUAUAGAAGUGCUUUGGAUGUAAAUGGUGAUGUGUUUACCUUGGCUGCAAAAAACAGUCCCGUCCUCAACUCCCAACUCUGGCCAUCUUGUAGAGCAUAUCUGAGCAUUUAUUCCUAGCUACUUGAACAUUUGAAGGAAUAGGGGAACCUAACUUCCCUCCUGUUUCUCCCCAUGGUUGGUUUAGACUGCUAGAAUGUUUACAGUGUAAAUUAACAUUAAUGUUUUGGUGGCAUAAGGUUGUUGGCCAUUUCCCUUGGGUCACCAUGGUGUAAAGCAAAGCUCGUGGGUCUGGGAGUCAGGCUGCAUGAUUUUGAAUAUCCUUGUCCAUCAGCUGCCUGUGUGGUGGGCAGCCUCUGCCACUUGGAUUUAGUACUGUUCCUUGAGACUGAGUUAGAGUGUAUGAAUAAAUGUCUUCCUGGCUGCAAUGUAGCAGUUUACAUGUGAAAGGAGCAAAGAUGUGAGCUAUAUGCACAGGGUCCACCAGGCUUAGAAGUGUUUUAGUUACUCGCUAGGUAGAUAGAAUUCUUGUAAAGGGGGCCCAAAAUGUCUGGAGGGAAAUUGGGAAGGCUGGCUUUUGGUUGUUUUAAAAACACAACCCUGUUUUGAUUUAGCUAUCACAGAGUUUGUGGGAACUUGGUCUUUGCACAGUUUGCUAAAAAGGUUUAUGGCACAGCCUUUUUCGUGGGUUGUUGGCAAUGGCUCAAACAGGAGAUACCUCUCUCAUGGUGGUUGGUCACUACUUAAAUGUGUCUUUCUCUCAUUUGUUCCCCACCUGCCUUUCGAGCCCUUUUCUCGGACAGUUGACCACAGCAUGUUCGAGAAUUUGAACACGGCCCUCACUCCCAAGCUCCAUUCCAGCCGUUCCUUCCCCCACCUGUCCAGAUCUGCGGCCCCAAGCUCCAUCACCCCUGGCUCUACAGAGCCAGGAGGCCCAGGACUGAGGGUGGGCAGCAGCCAGCACCUUAAGAACCUGGGUAAAGCCAUGGGGGCCAAGGUCAAUGACCUCCUGAGAAGAAAGGAGUCCUCAAGCCUGGGCAGUGUGGGUGUGAUGGAGAUUAACAAGACUGCUGGGGCCCAGCUGCCUGGUGGGGAAGAGGCAGCCUGUGAAGCCUGGCUGGAGGAUGAAAGGUCAGUCCAAGAAGCCUUCCCUCUGCUGGAUCCUCCACCUCCCAUAACCCGGAAGCGAACCCCUCGGGCCCUGAAGACCACCCAGGACAUGCUGAUUUCAUCGCAGCCCGUCCUAAGCAGUCUCGAAUAUGGGACAGAACUGUCACCUGGGCAGGUCCAGGACUCUCCACCUACUUCUCAGCCUGUCUCUGCAGAUACUUCGAGGCCAGAGUCUACCAUUGAAAUGGGAGAUAAGGGAGAGGCUCUGCCCAAUGGCGAGGUGUCCCUCUUGGUACCUGACCUAAUACACAAGAACAGCCAGGAAGAAUCCAAGCUAAAGGCAACUGAGUGCAGAAAAGCCUCCUCCCCUGGCUCCAUUGAGAGGAAUGGCCUCAAGCUCAGCUUGAGCCCCAUCAGCCUGGCUGAGUCCUGGGAGAACAGCAGCCCGCCUCCACGGGCAAGGACCUCCAGUCUGGACAAGGAGAGCCUUCACCCAGACCUGCUGUCCUUUGAGUAGUAUGUCUUGUCUUCCCUGCUGAACAUGCUCUUUAUCCUCCACUGCACACAGGUCCUUUGCCCCAACUCUGCCACGUCCCCAUCUUUCUUGUGGCAGGUACAGCAGAGCCCGCUUUCUACCUGAGGUGUUGGGGGACCAGAUUGCCACAAGUAGCCCCAGUGAAGGAGUCUGCAGAAUGGCAAAAGGAUGGGGGUGCCAUCUCUAGUCAAUCCCACUUCUCUGUAAGAUCUUCUGGCUGCUGUUGGAACUCAUCUACCCUCAGGCUCGUCCCAGCUUCCUACUGGAUUACAGGGCCACUGGCUUAGGAGGAUGGAUCUAGCAGGAAUUCUCCUUGCCUGUCUGAUCAGAUGCAUAUGCUAUCUGUUCUUAUACACCCCUACCCCGACAAGUCCUGAUUCUGUCCCUUUCUUCCAUAGUGGUCCAAGGACUCUCCCUGCCUUGAAGGAAAUACAGCUAGGGAGGAAUGGUAGGUUUGGCUUAGUGAUGGGAUCCGGCCUGGAAAGCUACACCAUGACCACAACCUCACCAUAGUUCUUUCAGCCUCUAGGCCAUGUGGAUCCCUAGCCACCACCUUUCCUCUGUUGCUGGGUUAGGGCCAAAGAAGGUGCUUCCAAGACCUGGGACCUUGUGGACUUCCUCAAAGGUUGAACCUCGUCACCAGGGUUCCUAGGGUUUUCCCAUCCAGCGAGAUAUACCCCUGCCUCUCUGGGCAGGCACUUCGGAGACUAGUAUGGGCAGUCGUGCUGGGGUUCCUUGCUAUGUGUGUGAAGACAGAGGUAGGCAGGCCCCUGCAGAAGCAGCAGAGAGUGUCCUAACAUUCAAGAGGAGAGCUUGGGAACACGGAAUGGUCCUGCAAGAGCCGAGGGCAGAGAUCAUAGAGAAGAGUGAAGUGAGGACUGAGAAGGGUGUCACUGAGAGUCAGAGCAGCUUCUCAGGCCACUCCACACCAAGAAUGAGGCAGUGCCAGGGCCUGGGAACAGUAUGUGUGAGAGCCAGGGUGGGGCAUGUGAGAGACUGGAAUGUGGUGAGGACUGUGGUGGCAAAGCGGUUGUGAAAGUGGAAGUGCUUCUUUGUGCAUGUGCUGAAGGGGCCUGCGUUCCCUGCAGCAGCAGGCCUGCCCUGAGAUACCCCGAGCCUCUCUCUGUCCUUUAUCCCAACGAUCCUCCUCUGCUUCUGCCGGCAGGAACUGUGUAAGGAACCAGCAAGGUUUAUCAACCCUUGGCCGGUUCCUGCCUUCCAGGUUAACUUGCUUUGGGUUCUUUUCUCCCUCCAGGGGCCCUAGCAUGCUGUCUUCCCAUGGCUUGGAGACUCUGUAGUGAUCCCAGCCACAAGGGUCUUUGUAGCCAGAAGAGGACAUCCCUUGUCUCGAACAAGGAGGUCAGAGCCCCACAAGGAGGCUGGGGAUGGUGCAUCCAGCCAGGGCAGGCCCUGUAGUGUUCAUCUGACUCUUCUUCCUGUGGUCUUUCCUUUGCUGUCUGCUGGGCUUCCCAUCUGUGAGACUGGGACACACAGGCCUCGCUUCCCAGCUCAACAUCACCAGCGUGCUGCCCUCUUCCCAACCAGCAGACAUCUGAGCUAACUCCUGCAGAACCAGAAUAGGAGGCCGCCGCGGCGGGAUCCCUGGGAUGAGGUUUCCCUCUCAUAUACCUGCUUAAGCAGCUGUAUGGCUUUAGCAAUCUCUGCCCUCUGACCCUCUUCUCUGACCCCGUCUUCCAAUGCCACAGAGAACAAGGCUUCAUCCCAUGCUCCCUGCCAAGUCCUGUCUCUUCCUCUCAGAUGAGAACCCAUGCAGCCAGGCAUCUGAAGGCCCUGAUGGAGUAUACAGGAUGGUUAACACAUAUGUAGCACAUGUGCCUUCCUCCAAGAACAUCCCAAGGAUGUGACAUCUGACCCUGAAGUCAGAGAAGUCCUUAGGACUAGCGUUUGAGGACCUAUGAAUUUCCCCAGAGUGAUUUGUGAUAUAACUUGAAAUAGAGUGAGUCUAGGCUGUGGGGUGGAAAGUCUAAGCAAACACUAGAGAGCAAGUCCAAUGUAAUCUGAGCUCUCCAAACCAGAAUCUUGGUUUGCUUCUCUGAUGGGAAACUCAGCUGGUAGCUGCUCUCUGGGGCUGCCCUUCCCCAGAGGCUAAGUGAUACUGUUGCCUAAGACUGACAGCUUGGCUUGGCUUGCUUAAGCACCCAGGAUACUGCUAGAGUACUGACCCUCAGGCCCAGGAUUAGCCAAAAGAUCCCACCACAUUGUCCCAGGACCCAUGAAAAGGAAAUUUCUGAGUACUUUAGACUUGUGUUGGAUGUUGAAUUAGGUUUCAUGGAUGCAUACACCAACUCCUAGAAUCUUGGUCAUCUCGCAGCUACAGAAGUGAUUCUGCUACCUUGGGAGAUCCUUUGAGACUGAGCCGCAUCUUAGAUGCUGCAGAUGCUGCAGAUGCUGCCUGGUGCUGGGGCUAAAUGCUUCCCAGGGACCUUCAAAUCCUCUUGAGGGCUUUGAUUCACAUCAGCUCUUCCAUCUAGUGCCCCCAACAGGCUCACUAACCAUCCCAGCAGUCUGGCCUGUAGCAUAGCAGCCUUCAUAAUGAAUCAGUAUCCUCUGGGGGCUUGGUCUUUGGGUAGCUUGAUCUGCAUUGGGGCGGGGGACAGGGGGACAGGCUAAUGGAGAGGAAUGGAGAAUCUAACUUCUAUGUUUAAGAAGCUGGGGCCUUGGAGCCUUUUUCUCCCCACUUCUUUCCAGCCCCAUUGUAUACCCCCAUUCAGCCCAUAGCUUUACCCUGAGAGAUCACAAAGUCUGCUUCCAAAACCCUGGAAAGAGGGUGUUCCCUUCCUAGUCCCAACCCACACCUCUCUCUAGAAAUGUAUCUGUGAAUGUUCUGUAUCUGGGAGACAUGAAGACAUGUGUUUUUAUUCCAUCAUCUUUUACAGAACAAGUUUGGUCCCUGUUUGAAAGAACAAGAUUAUAGUUCUAUUCUGAGUAUUUUUUAGAGAGUUCGUAUUUAUAUUUUUAGAGAUUUUUUUCUUG